AUGGGUUGGCUUCGUAUGUCACCUAGAUCAUUAAAAACAUUUGUACAAAAUAGGGUUGUUGAAAUAAACGAGUUAACAGGUGAUCUGCCGUGGUUACAUGUUUCUGGAACGGAGAAUCCGGCGGACAUGCUCUCGCGCGGGGUUUUACUUGAUGAAUUAAAGGAUUCGGAAACUUGGUGGCACGGGCCAUCAUUUCUUCAAGGUUCCGAUGUCGAUUGGUCACAUACAACCAGAAUCAUUGACCAGUAUGAUCUACCAGAAUUAAAAUCUGACGUGACGGCAAUGGUCUGUCAGUCAAACGCACAGUCAUUUAUUGAAUUUGAACGUUUUUCAUCAUAUAAUCGAUUACGACGUGCUAUUGCGUAUAUGUUAAGAUUUAUUUAUAACAUUCGUAUAAAAUCAAAAUCACAGCGGAAGUCCGGCGCGCUUUUGACGGAUGAAUUAGACAAUGCGACUAAGGUUUUAGCACGAGUGGUUCAACAACAAUCGUUCCCGGUCAUGUAUGAUGCACUAGUAAACAACUUACCUCUGAAACCUACGCGUAAUAUAUCAGGCUUAAACAUAUUUUUGGACAGUGAUAAAAUCAUAAGGGUUGGAGGCAGAUUAAGCAAUUCAGAGACUUUCUCGUUUGACAAAAAACAUCCCAUAUUAUUGUGCGCUAAACACCGCUUCACGCGCCUUAUGUUUCAGCAUGAACAUAAACAGCUACUCCACGCGGGGCCCCAGCUGCUACUGGCUUCAAUCCGCGACAGCUGGUGGCCGCUGAGAGGUCGCGAUCUCGCUCGUAACACCGUACAUACCUGUGUUAUCUGUACGCGCAUAACUGGANCCGACUCUUGA